CAACACCACCAGCACCAUGAACGGAAUUCAAGUCGACAUCAACCACUUAAAGAAAGGAGAGGUCAAUCUCGGUACCUCCAUCAUGGCCGUGACCUUCAAGGACGGAGUCAUCUUGGGUGCUGACUCCAGAACCACCACAGGAACAUAUAUCGCCAACAGAGUCACCGAUAAGUUGACCCAGAUCCACGACACCAUAUACUGCUGCAGAUCUGGUUCUGCUGCAGACACCCAGGCCGUGGCAGACAUGGUUAAGUACUACAUGCAGAUCUACGCUGCCCAAUUGCCUUUUGAUGAAAAGCCCACCACCGAGGUGGCUGCCAAUGUGUUCCAAGAAAUGUGCUACAACAACAAGGAACAGUUGACUGCGGGAAUCAUAUGUGCUGGUUACGACGACAAGAACAAGGGAAGUGUGUACUCGAUUCCAAUUGGGGGUUCUAUACAUAAGCAAGAGUACGCCAUAGCUGGGUCUGGAUCGACGUUUAUCUAUGGUUGGUGCGACGAGAACUACAAGAAAGAUAUGGAACAGGGCGAGUGUGUCGAGUUCAUCAAGACUGCAUUGAGCGAGGCCAUCAAGUGGGAUGGUUCUUCUGGUGGUCUUAUCAGAAUGGUGGUUUUGACUGCAAAGGGUGUGGAGAGAAAGGUGUUCUACCCUGACGAAUACCAAAAAUAAUGAAUGCUUAUUCUAUUGAUGAUUAGACCAUUUCUAGCAACGAUUAGCCAGUAAUACACGAUAAAAGGAAAAUAGCGAUCGAUACUUAAGGUACUACCGACCAGUACCCCGAAUGGGCCAUUUUGGUGUGUAGCUGAGAUUACGUAAGCAAAGAAGGAUUCUGUUUAUUAUCUGGCAUGAUGAC